GUGUGCUCGUGCCCGUGCCGGGCGCUUGAGCGAGGGCGCGCCACUGCGCGCGCAGGAGGGAAGCCAGCCCGGGCGGCCGUUGUCGGCUGGGACCGGAGGGGCGGUGAAGUCACCUGCGAGCGAGCGAGCGUCCGCGCCCGUCGCGUCCGGAUCGCGCCGGCCUCGCGGGGCCCCCACACCCUCUGCGAGUCUGGGGACGGAGUCGGCGACGAGGAGGAGUCGCAGCCUGGGCGCCGCCGCCCGCCCGCGCCGGGCCGGGUUAUUAGUAAAAAAUGGUGGAUCGCCUAGCAAACAGUGAGGCAAACACCAGACGAAUAAGUAUAGUGGAGAACUGCUUCGGAGCAGCUGGUCAGCCCUUAACCAUCCCUGGACGGGUGCUGAUUGGAGAGGGAGUAUUGACUAAGCUGUGCAGAAAGAAGCCCAAAGCAAGGCAGUUUUUCCUGUUUAAUGAUAUUCUGGUAUAUGGCAACAUUGUCAUCCAGAAGAAAAAAUACAACAAACAACACAUUAUCCCCUUGGAAAACGUCACCAUCGACUCCAUCAAGGAUGAAGGGGAGCUGCGGAACGGGUGGCUCAUCAAGACGCCGACCAAAUCCUUCGCAGUCUACGCCGCCACCGCCACCGAGAAGUCGGAGUGGAUGAGCCACAUAAACAAGUGUGUCACGGACUUGCUCUCCAAAAGCGGGAAGACGCCCAGUAGUGAACAUGCUGCUGUUUGGGUUCCUGACUCUGAGGCCACCGUGUGUAUGCGCUGUCAGAAAGCCAAAUUCACACCCGUUAAUCGGCGGCACCACUGCCGCAAAUGUGGCUUUGUCGUUUGUGGUCCCUGCUCUGAGAAGAGAUUUCUUCUUCCCAGCCAGUCUUCGAAGCCUGUGCGGAUUUGUGACUUCUGCUAUGAGCUGCUUUCCACUGGGGACAUGGCUGCGUGCCAGCCCGCUAGAUCAGACUCUUACAGUCAGUCACUGAAGCCUCCUUUAAAUGACGUGUCUGACGACGACGACGAUGAUAGCAGUGACUAAGGACGUGGUUUGAAAUAUUUAAUUGGGUGUGACUAUCUGAGAAUCGUCAGCUUUGGGGAAAUGUCCGAUUCCUAGUUCUCUCAGUUUUGCUCUAGCCAUGACUUUGCCUGAGGAAGUUCUGCCCUUGCCUCUGUAUCCUGCAGACAGUGGCCCUCGCUCGCUCCUCUGCUCCUCACAGGGACAGAUCGCCAACAGUGGAUGAGUCUUGGCUUCUGUUCGCCUUAUUGUACAUGAUUUUCUUGUGAGUCAGAAAGGUGUUUAUUUAACAGGUCUUGUACAUUUUCUCCACUGAAGGAAAACUAAACGCACAGGAUGAUGGGAACACGAGUGUCUCAGGGAUUGGUAAUAUCAGUAGCUUUCCUCGAGCAUUCUGUGUGGUGGCUCAGAUGUCAGUGACAGAACAUGGCUGGAAGUUCCUUACUCCCCUUUCUGGAUGCCACAGGUGCCUUACUGUGGCAGCGUCGCCACACAAAACACAAGCCCUACCUUCUUAUCUCUCUGAUUUAAGACACUGGUGCUCUGACAGGUGGUGAAUAAAUGAGUGUUUGAUGGAUAUAGUUAAGAAUAUUUAUUUGACAGCUACGAGAAACUAAAUCUCCCCUCUUAUAUGAAUACAUAUUUUUCAUAAAAUAGUUGUGAUUAUAUUUUUACAUCUUCUAGGCACCAAAUUAUAAUGGUCACAUAUAUGUUUAAAAUUAACCAGUUGCCUGCCACUUUCAGGAAUUUGGUUUGAAAUUUAUCACAUAGAGUGACAUAUUCCAUUAGCUUCUUCUUUCCUAAGACAUUUUUAUAUAUGGAUUUAUUUGCUUUACAUUAUUUCUAAAAGGAAAAAUCUUUUGAAACCCUUGUUUCUUGAGACAGGGUUUCUCUGUGUAGCCUUGGCUAUCCCGGAACUUACGGUAGCCCAGGCUAGCCUUGAACUCACAGAGAUCCACCUGCCUCUGCCUUCUGAAUACUGGGCUCAGAGGCUUCCACCACUGCCGCCUGGCAAAAAUAAACUUUUUUUUGUUUAAAUCCAUGUUAAAACAAGGAGUCUUACAGAACGGUCUGGAGGAGAUCUGAGUUUGACUAGACUCCCUGUCUUCAAGCGUUGUCAGUUUUAUUGUGAAAUUGUCUUGAUUGACCGUGGUGUAGUUCAUGGAGUUUGUGAUGCCCAAAUAGUUUCUAGUUUUGUAGAGCAAUCAUAUAUUUAAUCUGUUUUUGAAAUCAUUUUGCAAUAUAUGGAAAUAGAGCAUUGAUGUCUCUAUAUUGUGACUGUCAGUGAGAUUGCUUUGAGACGUGGUAGUUUCUGUUUGGAGGCAGCCAUAAUUGGAAGGCCCUCACUACAUGGCACUGGACGUGCUGUGUGCAUUCUAGUCACUCAUGGGCUGCAAUAGCUAGGUCUUUAAAUGUGGGAAAACAGGGCUAAACAUUCUCUCUGUCUCUCUCGCGCGCUCUCUCUUUCUCUUUUUCAAAUUGAAAAGCCUGCAUAAUUCUGCAGAUGUCUUGUGGAUGGAAGAUUCAUUGGUAGCUCACUGUGUGGUUGCAGUACUAAUUUUACAUUGCUGUUCAGUUUGGAAGCAUCUGAGCUAUAUAGGUCUCCCUGUAGGAAAUGUGAAACAAAAGCACAGUAGAACUAGGGCUUGGAGGUUUGUUCUUGUUUUUGUUGGUUUUAUUAUUAGAUGGAUUUUUGUUUGUUUCAUAGCAAACAUAUACAUGUAGUCAAUAAGAAUGUUUGAAAAGGACCAUAAAAUCAGAGAAAUUCGGAUGGAAACUUGCUGUGCACAGGAGUUGAACAAAUUCAGGAACCAAGGGGAAAUGUCCUGAGAUAACAUUUGCAUUAUCAACCUCUAUUGAUUGUUUUUACAAUAAAAAUAUU